AUGACACUUCGUACACGCUUUGAGAGCUCUGAUGAUGUUGGUGUGUUUGCCCGCCUGACAAACGCCUAUUGCCUCGUGACUGCCGGUUCCUCGCAGAACUUCUACUCCGUGUUUGAACAGGAGCUCGCCAGUCACAUUCCUGUGAUCUACACAUCCAUCGGCGGCUCUCGCGUUGUUGGCCGCCUCACCUGCGGCAACCGCCACGGCCUCGUCGUGCCCUCCAUCACGACCGACCAGGAACUGCAGCACCUGCGCAACUCCCUCCCCGACAGCGUGAAGGUGCAGCGCGUGGAGGAGCGACUCAGUGCGCUCGGCAACUGCGUCGUGUGCAACGAUCACGUCGCCCUCAUCCACACAGAUCUCAGCAGGGAAACAGAAGAGGUGAUUCGCGACACUCUGCAAGUGCAGACAUUCCGCACUUCCAUUGCAGAAAACGCGUUAGUUGGAACGUACGCCGUAGCGACGAAUAAGGGUUGCAUGGUACAUCCCAAAACACCAGCGCAAGAUAUGGAUGAAAUUGCCUCACUCCUGCAAGUUCCCGUUGUGGCAGGUACAAUCAAUCGCGGUAGUGCUGCUGUUGGAUCUGGUCUCGUGGUAAACGACUGGGCGGCUUUCUGUGGAUUAAACACAACAGCUACAGAGAUCACCGUGGUGGAGCGUAUCUUCCAACUUCGUAGAGAUCUUGGUGGAGAUGAACCAAACUUGUUGCAACAGUUACGUGACACUCUGGUAGAUGAACUCGCUUAG